AUGGUAAAGGCUGAAGAACAUGAAACGACUGCCGGAAGUGAGAGCUCAGGUGUUUCCGAAAAAUCGGAGGAAAAAACGGAGACAAAGUAUGAAGAGAACAACAUAGUGAAUUCUUCGAUGUUGCCGUUGCCGUCAUCCGGUGAAAUGAUGAACGAGACGGAUCAGGUUGAUGAGCAGGAACAUGAAUCUCCAACAGGCUCGUGUAAACAACGAGCUAUACUUGGGUACAAGUUUUGUAUACGGCAUAUUCUCCUGGAUCCGUCUGCACCAUAUAAACAAUGUGAACAUCACCGGAAGCCGAAAAGUAAAAAAGAUCUCGCUACUCGCUGUACCAAUGCCAUCAGAAAGGAUAAAGAAGAAAAUUUCUGUAGCACUCAUCUGAUCAUGAACGGAAUGAAGGAGGCCAAAAAGAAGGAGAAGGGCGCGAUCGCAGCUAAUGGAGAAGGUACCGAAAUGGUUGAGUCUUCCAGCGGAACUUCAGCUAUACCCGUUGUUGGGGAUCAGCAUCAACUAAUGUCCCAAUCUAUUGCUGAUGUAACUUCGAAUUCAUCUCCCAUGUCGCAGGACGUUCUUCAACCCUCAACGCCAUGCGGAGAGAUGAUUGCAGCUUCAUCUAUCCCAAGUCCACCACGAGCUGCCAUCGUAUGUACUGCUGCCAGCGUCAUGUCUCGGCCACCUGCUACUGUACCGACCGCUGUGAUACCGGCGCUGUCCUCCACGCGGCAGUCGCUUCUGCCACCGCCGCCUUCAUCAACGACUACCCUUAGGCAAUAUGUGCAAAGUAACGCACAUCUGACGGGAAACGUUCUUCGACAGCAGCUGGCUCCACAGACGAAUAACACCUUCGCGCCACAGCGUCAACAAGCUCUGUUCCCUGUUGCCAUUGCCGGCUCAAGAGACGCCCGUCAACCGGUAUUGGCUCAGCUCAACAUGGAAAGCAAGCGGCACUUUGGAGUACCACCUGGAAUCGUGGCAUCAAUGGAAGGCACUGCAGUAGCUCCCGGCGGUGCAGAAGUGGUAAACAAUAUGGCAACCGCUCUUCCCCAACAGGUUGUUGCACACGAUGAUGGUCGAGCGCUUAUACAACAGGUCCCAAUGACCGGGUAUCAAGGAGUGGAGCAACAUUCUAUGGUUCCUGCACCAUUAGGCACAUCGAUGGUAGUAGAUCCUCAGUUGGGAGGUGCUCCUGUACAGAUGCAGCGUGUCCCAAUUGCUGUCACUCAGCAGCCGAUCCCUCAGCAGCUUCAGCCACUGCAGCAGCAACAACAACCGCAACAACAGCGUGUUCAUCUUAGCCAGCGUCAGAUUCCCCCGGGAGCCCUUGCCGCAUUACGAGCUCAAGCCCUAAGAACUCGUUCGCUGUCAUCGACGGCAAUACAACGGAAUCAUCCGCAACUGGCCGCAAAGAGGUUUACGUCGUUUGGCACAAUCCCUCACAUCGCGCUGCCCAUUCAACGCGGUUUACGAGCUGAACAACUCGUUCAGCUGCUGGAAGGUGGUGCGCGAGGUAUGCGCAAUUCUCGUUAUGCUGCAGCCUUGGCGGCAGCGAUCGCGCGUCAAAAUCAACCUCUUCCAUGGAACGCUCCACCGAUAGCACGUCGAACUCCCCCUUCUAGUGAUGAGGAGGAUUUUGGAAAGACGUCCAAUGGGAACAAGGUAGUACAAAAGGGCCUCGAGCCGUCCGAUGAUGAAGAUGCGACAUAUCCAUCGUCUUCGAUUCUUCCUACAGCGAGCUUGGCAGUGUCUAGCUACUCUGGUGACUUAUCCACGCAGUUGUAUCUGAUCAAGAAACAACUUCGAUUGGAACGGCAUGCCUUAUUGAAGCAGGCACAACUGAAUGCUCACAUAAUGUGUGCAUCGCGUCGUUUACCACUGAGCGUUGGUGCUGCGUUACGUCAACGUUCGGAUCCCUCACCGCCACCUCUCCAGUUAGCUCCAGCAGCUUUACGUCGGUGUUGUCAACUGGACAAUACCAAUAAACAACGAUGUGAACGUGCAUGUUUACCGAUGUCAAAUCACUGCCUCCAACACGUGCUGUACAACGUGCAUCAACGUUUGUUCGCUUUCUGUACGCAGUCGUUCUGUCGUAGGCCAGUGAACUCCAUUGACGCACUGCUUUGGGAUGGAAAAUGUGCACUACACAGGCAAUCCAGGGAAGAUAGAUACGGUCCGGCACCUAUAUAUGACACCAGUUCAUUUAUGGGUUCAUCGUCGUCAAUUGGUUCACCGCUUGGUGACGAGUCUUCAGCAGCAAGUCCUAUGCCCCAGACAGAUCCACAUCAUGUCCUACUCACUGAUACUACAGCUCCAAUGGAUUGUCAACUUUCUUUGGAUGUUUCGCACUCAUGGGAUGAUGUUACGGAGUUCCUGAUGUCUGAAGGUUUCCCAGUUGAUUCUCCCAAUUCGCAAGUUACGCCAUCAUAG